ACCAGGAGUUAUAACUUGUUUAAUUUCAAUUGAAUUUCUAAUACAUAAUUUUAUAUUCAUGAUCCCCUCAACAAUUUUUAAGGAUUUAAUUAUGAGAGCAAUUAAAACUGAUUUAUUUUGAUAAUUUCAUACAUGUUCUGUCAAUUGCGUACAUCAACCUAUCUAAUGGAGUGGAGCCCCAACACAUCACAGUGCCAUUUGACGAUCUGGAUGAAUAGCAUUUUUGAGCUUUAGUUUGAACCAGAUGCGAGAGUGGAUAUCGCUUUCCUGUACUUUCUCUGAUGUUUUGAAGGGAUUUAAAUGAGUCAUGUACUUGAUCGUGUUGAUAGCUGGAAUCUUGCUUCAAUUCCCAUUGAUUGUCCUUAAUCAAAGUACAGAACAUUGCCAACCAAUUUCUAGUUAUGAUAAAUAUCCGCCAAGGAUACAACAUUUAUUUUUGAACCCUAAUUUCCUGCAAAAUUUCACUGAAGUAUUCGUCAUUGGUGAUGUGCAUGGAUGCUACGAUGAGCUUCAGAUGCUACUGCAGAAAUCUAAUACCACAUCUGAUAAUGUGUUAAAAAUAUUCGUUGGGGAUAUACUAAGGAAAGGUCCUAAAAGUUUGGAGGUUAUAAGCUAUGUACGAAACUGUUCAUCCUGUCUAUGUGUAAGAGGCAACAACGAAGAAAAAUCCCUCCUUAAACUUUAUGCUUCACAGGCUUCAAAUAAUAACACUCUUAAACGGCGUGACAGAUGGAUGGAAUACAUGUCACCGGCUGAUCUGGAGUACUUAGAGGAGUUGCCUUACACCAUUUCAAUUCCUUCCCUCAAUUCAAUCAUAGUCCAUGCAGGACUUCUUCCAGGAUUAUCUCUGGAAAGGCAAAGGCCUUGGACAAUGAUGAAUCUGAGAGAUAUUACUUCAGAUGAAGAAUGUCCUGGUGGAUUUCGCACCAAUCCGAAGAAACGCAGGGGGCAUCCAUGGGCUUCCAAGUGGAAAGGUCCGCAGCAUGUAUACUUUGGACAUGAUACUAAAAGAAAAUUACAAUUGUAUCCUUUCGCAACUGGUAUUGAUACCAGCUGCUUUCGUGGUAACUACCUCACAGGUCUUUUCAUCAGUGGUCCCAGGGCUGGAGCUUUUGUUACUCAAAAUGCUUUCCGCGUAUAUCAGCGAUAAUAUUUUGCAUAAAUUCCAAAAUAUCAAGCGGAAUCUAGCUAAUCAUAGCUGAAAACAAAUUAACUUCCUAUGUCGUUUACUUGAAACUGUCGCUUUAAUCUACGAUUCUGUUGGUUAUUUAAGCAUUCAUUCUUUCUUUGAAAUUCGAUAGCAUUUUGAUGCCAAAAUUUAUUAAAAAAUAAAUAUUCAGGAAGAUGAAUUUAAGUGGUGGCGCUUCAAAUUUAAUGUACUCUACAAACAUUUCCUUCAAAAAUUUUAAGUAUAUUCUCAAACAUUAAAAAGGAUAGAAUCUCAGGAAUGAACUUUGAAUACAAAAAGGAGAAGUGACCACAUUUCGGUAUAACAUAUUUUUCGUAUCAUUUGCUAUCAGAGUAACUGAUUAUCAACUUCCUUUUUAAAUGAAUAGCUUAGUUAGCCCAAAUCAUAAAACUGCUUGCUACUCAUGAAUUUUAUUCAGAAGUGGAAACAGAAAUCAGGAAAACGAUUUUUUUUUGUACUGUUCAUGAAAUCUAAUGAGAAUAUUUAAAGUAAUUCGUAGCAAAACAGACAAGAAUGUUGAAAAGUGAAUGAACGCAGUUCAGGGAAAUUGUAUUUCUAGAACUGGACUGAAUAAGAAUCAUUUUUUGAGAAAUAAAUGGAAAACGGAAAUAAAAAUGUAAUUAGAAACUGUUGGAUCAAGGAUAUAAAUAAAUCGGCUACUUUGAAAGGGAUUCAUUUCUAAAUUUUUUUCACGAAUUCCUUUUUUGGUGGCUUUCACAAUUCUGCAACAUCGACUUGUAUAUUCUGUUUAAAAAUGACACAUACUUCUUCCGUUAAGUACUACUAGAUGAAUUUUAUUUCACCAUUCAUUUUAAAAAUCUGCCAUCAGUAUUUCAUUUUUUUCCAAUAUGCUUGGUUUAUCUUUGUAAAAUUAUUUAAAUGUGAGAUCAUCUUGAAAAAAUGUAAAUAAAUCCAAAGAAAUGCCACUUAUCAAGAUGUACUUGAUUUUAAAAUUUGGUUAUCGUCCUUCUUUAAAAGGAAUGUUCUUGACAUUUAGAAUUAUGAAAAUGCCAUUUCGCAAAAGUAGAAAUGUGAUUUUACAGUUAAUGAUGAUUAUGGGUUUUAUUUAACCGUUUAAGUAUCAAGAGAUUUCAUAUUCGAUAGCAUCUUCUUAUUUUGAAAAAAAAAAAUUUCCAUGCUAUUCAUUCCAAAUCCAGAAGAUAGUUCUGCAUAUCAAAGAAAAGUUUCUAUCAAUAUUAAGCAAGUACAGGAUAUCAGGAGGUCCUAUCAAUACAUAUAAGCAAAUAUUUCUACAAUGAAAUAAUAAAUGAGUUGCCCACAACUACAAUGGAUGAAGGACCUGAAUAACUGCAGCAUUCUCUCUCAGUUACCGUGCCUUUUAUAUGUAAAUACAGCACUAUUAUAUAAUAUGAUAUACAACAAUAAUAUUUAUUACUUGUCGUGGGUUUGAAAGUAGAGAUGUUGCUUAUUUCAAAAUGGCCGAUUCAAUUACUCUUAUUUUAAAGAACUUAAAGUUCAUUACUAUAUGGAACUAAUCCGAAAUAAUAAAAAGAAUAUGUGGAGGAUUUUUAAGUACUUUUUGUUGACGUUUUCAAUACAGAUAAGAAAUGAAUUAUGCUAACUUGUUUUAAAAGAUAUUACAUUACAAGAUCAUUAACUUUUUAAUUCGAAUAAGAGAAUAUCUAGAUAAACAGACGGAAUAAAAAUAAUAGAAAUAAAUUGUUGUGAAGUUUCUUUGAAGAGUGCUGAAAUAAAAUUUUAAGAUGCAUUUAGAUGUAUUUAUAGCACUUAAAUAAUAUUAUUGGCUGUAUUUAUUUAUCCUCUCAGGAUAUUUGCCUUGAGAUUAAAAUGUCUGGUAAAUAUGAAAGUUAAUGGAAAUGCCAUGAGAGAAAAACGAUUAUGUGAAGUAAAUUUUUUGCUUCGUGAUGUAUUUUUUAAUUUAUUAACAACUAUUGUUAUUUCUAUCUAUAUGUUAUUUUAUGCUUAUCCAUUUAUUGACAAAUUUUUACUAAUUAUAUUUAUGCAUCUGAUGUUGCCACAACUGUUGUUUUAUUAAGGAACUGACUAAAGAUGAUAUUAUAAUAUUUUUGUAUCUACUUAUAUUGCUAUUGCAAUUUCUGUUUAUAAAGAAUUUUCUGUAAAUGUAAAAUAAUUUUUGAAUGGAAUUAUUAUGAUUAUAAAGUUAUAAUUAUAGCCAUAUGUUUAAAUUUUAUAAUGUAUACAUUUAUCAAAAUACGUUUGCAAUUCUUAUUAAUACAUUUGAUCUAAAGAAAUUAUGAUUAUUUUGUUUUACAAGGAGUUAUUUAAAGUCAUGAAACUUCCAUUUUACAUUGGAAAUUUUACUACAACCAGUUUGUGUUCACUCGAUA